AUGCCUCAUUCCAUCACCGUUAAAAAGAUCGAGGGGAAGCCCGGAAAGGUGUACUAUCCUCUCCAACUCAAUGAAAUUCCAAAGCCGACCCCUGGGCCCAAAGAUGUCUUGGUGCGAUUAAAGGCCGCCGCCCUCAACCACCGUGAUCUCUUCAUCCGGCGCCACCUGUACCCAGGCAUCUCAUUUGACCACCCGCUCAUGGCAGACGGAUACGGCAUCGUAGUCGAAGUCGGAAAGGACGCAGACAGAAGCCUCCUCAACAAGCCCGUCCUCAUCACACCCAGCCGCGGCUGGGCCUCGAGCCCGGACGGGCCGGAAGACAUUCGCAAAUUCAGCGUCAUCGGCGCCACUCAGACGUACCCGGACGGCACCGCGCAAGACUUCCUCGCCCUCCCCCAGGACGAGGUCGAGCUGGCCCCGGAGCACCUCACCCCGGCCGAAGGUGCCGCCCUACCCCUCGUCGGGCUCACGGGCUGGCGCGCGCUCGUGACGAAGAGCGGAAACGCGGAGAAGGGCAGGAACAUCCUCGUCACGGGCAUCGGGGGCGGUGUGGCGCUUCAGGUCCUCCAGUUCGCCGUCGCCUUUGGCUGCAACGUCUACGUCACCUCUGGCGACGAGGCCAAGAUUGAAAAGGCCAAGAGCAUGGGCGCCGCCGGGGGCGUGAACUACAAGACCAAGGGGUGGGAGAAGGAGCUGCAGGCCCAGCUGCCCAAGUCGCGGCCGUACCUCGACGCCGUGGUCGACGGUGCCGGCGGAGACCUCGUGGGAAAGGCGGUCAAGGUGCUCAAGCCUGGCGGUGUCAUUAGCCAGUACGGCAUGACGGUGUCGCCGCAGAUGGACUGGCUGAUGCAGGCUGUCCUCAAGAACGUGGAGCUCAAGGGUACGACUAUGGGAUCGCGCGAGGAGUUUAGGGACAUGGUUGCCUUUGUGAGGGAGAAGAAGAUUAGGCCUGUGGUGAGCCGGACGGUCAAGGGACUGACGAACCUCGAGGGUAUUGAUGGGCUGUUCAAGGAUAUGGAGGCGGGGAAGCAGUUUGGCAAACUCGUUGUUGAGUUUGAGGAGCCCUCUGCGUCGCCUAAGCUGUAG